AUGUCCUGGAGGAGUUCGGGGUACAAGUCCUGCUCGGCGACUACGAAGGUCCCCGAACCUGAGGACGAGAGCUCCACCCAUGCGUUGCUGUUCUACGAUGGCCGCGUGGUGCAACUCGUCGGAUUCACGGGGGAGCAUGAUCCGUAUCUCCUACGGCAUGCCGGCUAUGGUGACGAUAGCUUGUUCACCUGCGCGAAUCUUACCUACCGUCGAGUCAUCACCCAGCAACCCUUCCCAUUACUCUUCAUGAUAUCCAGAAACUGCACCGAGGCAGAAGAGACUCGCCGAAUGGGCCAUGCUCUGGAUACGGUCGAGUCCAUCAUCAAGCCCUACGGGAGCAAUUUGCUCAAGCUAUAUUGGCGUUAUGUCAACCCAUGUUAUCCCAUCAUCUACCAACGCCGGUACAUCAUACGACAUCUGAUGCGAGAAGAAAAGAUCGACCCGGCCUUGAUGGCAGCCAUGUAUCUGUCAGCUCUCCAGUGGUGGGACUUUGACCCGAGCCUGUCGGCUAAACCGCGCCCGGACGAACAGGCACUUCGACACUUUUUGGACACCACUCUAGCCCAUGACUUCAAGGGUCCCAAGUUGGUGACCGUCCAGGCCUUGUUGUUAUACAGCCAAGCUCCAGUCACUAACCCAAAGACUGAAACCCAGAUUGUCGCGGUGGCACAGCAGCUGGGCUUGCAUCUCGACUCUUCGACGUGGUCAAUUCCCCCUUGGGAACGGAAGGUCCGCAAGAUUGUCUGGUGGGCAGUGUAUAUACAGGAGAAAUGGCAAGUCUCCCCUUCUCCUCGGCCGAGCCACAUUCCCUCUUCCGGCUGGAAUGUUCCCUUGCCCAACGAUCUCGACUUCAUCGAGGAAGGUAAAACCUUGGAGGACUUCCCGAUCCGGAAUUUCGUGACUGGAGCACGCAUGUUUCAGGCCAUGGCCACCAUGACCGUGAUCCUGGCGGAAAUCCUUGACACUUUCUUCUCCCUCCCUCGUGUGCUUGAUGUUGAUUAUAGCCUCGACGAAGCGCUCCAGCUGGCCAAUCCUUUACGUACCAAACUGUAUGAUUGGCGAAUGUCAUUGUUGCCAUGUCUGGAAAUGGAUGCCCACGCCGUCAGAGAACUCAACAUUUGUGGUUCGUGGUUUCGCUCCUUACAUCUUUGCUAUCACGCUUGUCAGAUGGCCAUCAGCCGUGCGUUGACCCGUACGAAGGCCAACGACAUCGAGACAGCCGCCGCAUGUUGGAGAGAUGCACAAGCGUCGGCUAACAAUGUGGUCGACUUUGUCCAGAGCCUCACCCCGGAGCAUCUGCAAAGCUUUUGGUACUCGUUUUGUCAGGCAAACCUCGCCAUGGCCAGCACUUUUCUGGUCAGUGUCCUGCUAACUAGCGGCAGCGAUGAGCAAUUCCAGGAGAUGCAGCAGUCCAUCGAGCAAUUCCGAUGGAUUCUGACAAUUCAAGCUCGCCACACAGAGUUAAUGGGUCAUGCAUUGGCACGAUUGGACAGCCUUCUAGCCAGUCAGGAGGCGGCCGAAUUCCUCUGA